GAAAUCCAAAGCAUCUUUGCUAAACCGGACCGAUCCUUGGACACACUCGCUCUCCGGCCUCACUCAGCCAUGUCCGUGGAGAACAUGAACUUGGCCCACACGGGUCUGGAGAGGAGGGGCAGGACAAACACCAACAGCAGCAACAAGGACCGCGCAUUGAGCGUAGCACAACCCAAUCCCAGGCUUCCCAGCCCGAGGCAUCAGGGCAUUCUGCCCAUAAACCGGAACACCCGAGGACUCCGAGCAUUCAAAACCGGCCUUUGACGCAUUUCCACAAAUAAACCGACAUUGAACCACAAGAGGGCCCAGACGCCGAGCCACUGAUUGCGCCGCUAGAAAUGGACCGCCUACCAGUGGAGAUCACCGCCAACAUCAUCACGUACUUCAUCGCUGAUGUUCGUGGGAGUUACGACAGCGACAUGGGAAGCGACGGCGGUCCAGCGCCCUCGCUUGCCCCUUACGCAAGCGUGUCCCGCGUGUGGCAACACUGCGUCGAGGCCGUGACCUUCGCGCAUAUCACGCUCACCCUGGAGCGCCUGGCGUCGCCACUCGCGGCCCAGGCCUUGACCCCGGAGCGCCUGUACCGCUUCGUACGCUCCGUCCACGUCGAUGUGCUACUGCCGCUGUACGACGAGAGGGCGCGGCAUCGGAUCGAGGAUGAUGCCGACAAGGCCGCCAACGACGCGGUGUUUACUGAUGUUGUGCGGAAGGUGUUUGCUUUGUUGUCGUCGGCGUCGGCGUCGGGCAUGGGCGUGCAGCAGCUGGUCGUGGCUGACGUCGCGACGACUGAUUAUCGCCCCAAAAUCGAGCUUUCCCUGACGGCCCGGUGCCUUAGCGACACAAAGCAACCCGAGGCGAGAUAUGUCACCAAUAUCCGCUACGAAGGCUCGUACCUGGAGUUGAGACCGGCUGCAGGUGAAUCGGUAGAGGACGUAGCGAAUCGCCUACCCGAGGUUCACUGCAUUCCGAAGUUCCAUAUGUCGGGUUUAGAGAAGGUGGAUUGGGAACUUUGUGACAACGAGAGGCGGGAUGCAGGCCUCAGGAAAAGGCUGAGAGCAGAGUUUGCCGAGACGCUACCAAUGCUGCCUUCAAGCCUCCGGGACUUUAAGCUCCGCCUAGCCCUACACAAGCUCUCUCAACGCCUCGUCUGUUUCACCUUAGUUGCUGAAGUCGGUCGCGAGGCCAUUUGGCCAUCCGGGCCUGCAGUACUAAACCACCGCCAUGUACCUUUCUGGCCGAUUAUAAGCCGAUACUCCAUCGACCCGGGAGCCAUCGCCCCGUCGGGUGAAUGGCGCUUCCGGCAACGCACCGGCGGCUCGGCGGACUCGGAGGACGAGAUAGACUCGCCGGACUCAGAUUACAGCGGGCCCCCCGGCGACGAGAUAUUGUAUCCAUUCCGCGAGGAGCACGAUUUGGACCUGGUUGGGCCUUUUAUGCCGGCGCUCCGCGAUAUGCACUUUUCGUUGAGUCCGCCCGUCGGAACAGACAGGUGUCUGAGCAUUUGGUACGACGUAACCGAUAAUGUCUCGCCAGAUAUCGAUUGUCGCGUGGGUAUGGGCCAUAGGCAGCUUGCACGUCGUGGGGCGAAGCUGGUCUUUGAGUGCGAACCCGUGUUUUACCUGGACCAGGAGAUGAUACAGGCUUGGAGGGAAGCAGCGAAAAGCCAUACAGGCACAGAGUCCGGUCUUCAGAUGUUUACCACGGACUAUAGAUGGCAAGCAUACUGA